UGACCUGGGCGCUUUCAAGUAAAGAGUGUGUACUCUCAGAACUGAAAAUCGACAGAAUUAAUAGGAAUUCCCAGAAUAAGAGUUUUACAAAAUUCGUAUCUUUUUAAACGGCUAGCAAACGUUCAUCGACAUAUUCAGGAAAUGAUAACAGUUGAAAAAAAGAGGUUGCUAAGGAAUUCCAUGUAAGAAGAAAGUAUAAUACACUUUUGGCAUCCGAAACUACUCCUUGAGGAAGUAACUAUGAAUCUCUGUAAAUCUACUCCAUUCUCAACCAGAGCGAAGUCACUGCGAGAAAAGUUUGGGUCUAAAAGAAGUUAUUCAGAAAAUUUAAAAGGUUCUCCAGUACCAAAAGCAGAACUUGUCCCUGAACGUCAAGCAAGUGCUGGAUGUUUGCAAGUUGCUCCUCCACUACCGCCAGAACAAUUUAACCCUUACUCCACCCUAUCAGAGGAUACAUAUUGUAGUGCUUUGGACAUUAACUCCCAUCAAGGAGAUCCCAGGUUUCCAUGGCAAAGAGAUGCCGCCAUCCAGUGUGAUAUAUCACCAGAAGGUAACAAGCCUUCUUCAGCUCCUUCUUCAAGUCAGAUAACGAAGAUUUCCCGGUCUAACUCAAAACGGGGUGUCAAACAGACCGAGUGUGAAGACAAAUGUCGUUCUACUACUACUUUCUUCUACAAAAACUUGCCAAAGGUUAAUUCAAAAUACAUGUUCACCCCAUGUAAGAUGGAACUACCACAGGAAAAUACUGAUGUUCGUAGUGACGUCAUCCCCCGACGAAAAGGUAGUUCUGGGCUUCAGCGGUCCAUGUCUCUGGAGCGUGGCAAGUGUAGAUCCAAACUUGUUCACCAGACGUCAGUAGAUGAGAGCAGAAUCACUCAACCUUCUCUCUAUGUUCCUCAUCAUGUGCAGACUCUUACCCCCAGCUUAGAGGGCGUAUCCUUUACUGAGUUUACUUCUCCCCAGGUACGUGAAGCAGCAUCAAAUAAUAGUGCUCCCAACUCUCGUACAGCCACUCCUCCUCAAGAGGUACCUCCUCCACCGCCCUCUGAUGCCAACAUUUCAAACUUCGCUAUGCGAAAACCCAGUAGUGGAGAACUCCGAAAAUUACGAUUUGUUCGAAAAGAAACGCACUCUGCUCCAGAUUCUUUGGAGGAAACCACUCCUCAAACACCAGAGAGAAACAUAAAUAGCUAUUUCAAUCUUGAUAACAUCCAAAGAUUCCUCGACUUAACACUGUCUAAUGUUUCGUCCAAGAGUAAUUCCCUGGAUAGUCGCUUUCAUCUAGGUCUUCCUUCUCAGAACGGACGUGACGGUAAAGGAGCUGGUUACCUAAAUCUGCCCUCUCCGAAUUUGCAAGGCGUGGAGCAAGAGACUAAUAUAGUUUUCAAGAAACUCUCUUCCGUUGAAGAUGAAGAGAGUGAAACGGAUGAGUUGGAAGAGGCACCGCCAGCUGCAGCUCUCCAUAGGAGGCGCGCUCUUGUUCCUCCAAAGAUGAUCACUGAUGGAUAUGAAAGUGCUGGCGAAGAUGGAUAUCAUCAGGAAUCUUCACAAGGUCAAGCUACAACGUCGGAUGACAGCAGUGUCGGUAGAAAUCGUAGACGAAGCUCUAUUGUUGUUAUUCCACCCAUGCAGAUCUGUCCGGGUGAUCUACUCGUCUACAGUAAAGUGUUGACCCACAGGAACGACUUUCUUGUGGAUCUCGAUGGCUCUACACAGUGCUUGGCUGGGACUGAAGAUUCAUCCAGAAAGGGAAAGAACACGUGGUCACUAUUACGGUUGUGUGUCCAGUUUGAUAGGUCAAGCCGAGGAAAAUCAGAAUCUCUUUGUGGCCUGGAAGAAGUACUGAGCACGCUCCCUCCCUGUGAAUUCGUGGACGAGCAGUUAGCGAAAUAUAAGGGCAUGCAGUGGUCAGACUUUGUUUGCCAAUUUGAAGAUAAACAAGCACAGCAGCGCCAAGAACAACGAGCUAGAUCGGUUCCUUCCGCUUCCACUACGUGGUCAUCCGUAUCAUCAGUCGGAACGCCGCCACCUUCGCAAUCCGAUUUACGCCCCAGUUUUGGGGAACCAGAGCAGCUUCUGAGGGCAAAUUCACUGCGAAGUCGUUCUGGUUCCACACACCACCAUAAGUACCCUCUGAGCACUAACCAGUCAAAUCAAUUCCGACUGGGCGUCGGAAACAGUAUUUCAGAACACCAGCUGAUGAAAACUAGUCCGGAAACGAGUCCUUAUAGAUCAUUCCCGGAACACCAACAGUCUGGUGACGCCACAAACAGUAGUCUCGCGAAACACACCCUUAGCUAUGAUGUAACACUCAGUAAUGAUGGAAGUCAACCAUCCCAAAAUCUGUCGUUCGAUGAAGCAUCGAGUAACGACACCUAUCCGUCGCUUAGUAACGAAGAACUCCGGGAAAUGCAAAUUCGCACUAAGGGAGAAAUGAGAAGGCGCGAGGCAUUAUGGGACCUGUUUCAGAGUGAAACUAUGUUCCUGUACGCCCAUCUGAUGGUGCUCAAAAAUGUUUUCAUGGAGCCACUGAAGAAAAUACAAGUGGAAGGAUUCGCAAUGUUUGCUCAGCCUGAAGUAUUGUUUGGUAAUCUAGACGAGCUAUGCUGUGUAACCUACGCCUUCUGCAAAGAAUUUAUUCAUUUAAUUCUUCAAAACAUGCAGGGCUUGGAAAAUGAAACUACAGACGUGCUUGUGAAGUUGUUCCAAAAGAGUUCCAAGGCCGCAGCACUAAGACAAGCAUACCACAGAUACACCCUCAACUAUAUCAACGCUCUUAAUUACUUGGAAACAUUGAGGAGACAAGUGGAGUUCAAUGAAUUUGAGAAAUGGUGCUCGCGUGACCCACGCUGUAAGAAGCUUCAGCUCACCGAUCUCUUAGUUUCUCCAGUUCAGCAUAUCAUGAGAGUGCCUUUGUUACUGAAGGAGAUAGAGAUGCGGACUGACGAUAUCCAAGAAAGAGAAAUAAUUACCAACAUUAUUGAAUCAGAAGAAAAUUCAUUGAGAGAGUUGGACGAUAAAAUGAAAUGGUUAAAAAACUUCGAGAGGCUUCUAGAAAUUCAGCGGAAUAUUAUCUGGCCUUCUAUCACGGAGCUGGACCCAAAGGCAUUCAUUCCAGAGUUUCUUAAAGCACCACUAUCCAAACAACCUUGUGAACGGCUAAUUGUAAGCCCUAAGAGACAGAUUGUACUAGAGGGACCUCUUCAGUUGCUUGAUAGUGGAAAACCAACAGAAAUGUAUGUGGUUAUUAUUUUCAGAUAG